AUGGCCGCCGAUGAGAACUUUAUCGUCCCACUCCUCAUCAACGGGAAGGAAGAGACCGGCCCGGCCACGUUUGCCGUCGUCAGCCCGCACACCGGGACGACAUGCUGGUCCGCCACGGCGGGCACCGAGGGCGACGCCGUGCGGGCCGUCGACGCCGCGGCGGCCGCGCUGCCCGGCUGGUCGCGCGUGAAGCCGGCGGCGCGGCGCGACCUGCUGCUCCGGGCGGCGGACAUUCUCGAGAGCCGGCUCGCGGUGGCGGCGUGGUACAUGCGCGGGGAGAUGGGCGCCGACGUGGCCGCGUCGCAGGAGUUUGUCCUGCCGCUGAGCAUCCGCCUGCUGCGCGACGUGGCCGGCCGCGCCGCGUCCAUCUGCGGCAGCGUGCCGGCGGUGGAGGGCGAGGGGCGGAGCGCCAUGGUGCUCAAGGAGCCCGUCGGCGUGGUGUUGGGCAUCGUCCCUUGGAACGCCCCGUACGUCUUUGGCGUCCGCGCCGCCGCAUGCGCGCUCGCCGCCGGCAACACCACCGUGCUCAAGCCGUCGGAGCUCGCCCCGCGCAGCUACUGGGCGCUCGGCCAGGCGCUGCAGGACGCCGGGCUGCCGCCGGGCUGCCUCAAUAUCGUGUCGUGCGCGGCGCGCGACGCGCCGGCCGUCGUCGAGGCCAUGAUUGCGCACCCCGCCGUCCGCAAGGUCAACUUUACCGGGAGCACGGCCGUCGGCCGGCUCGUGGCCGCGCGCUGCGGCCGGCACCUCACGCCGUGCCUGAUGGAGCUGGGCGGCAAGAACAGCGCGGUGGUGUGCGCGGAUGCGGAUCUGGCGCUGGCGGCGCGGAGCAUCAUCGCGGGCGCGUUUCUGAAUUCUGGACAGAUUUGCAUGUCGACGGAUCGCAUCAUUGUGCACAAGGACGUCAGGGACAGGUUCCUGGAUGAGCUUCUGCAGCAGGCGGACAGGGACGCGCAGAGGAUGACGCUCGUCUCGGCCGCGUCCAAGGCGCGCGUGCAGACGCUCGUGGCGAGCGCCGUCGCCGCGGGGGCCCGCGUCGUGCUCGGGGGCGGCGACGGCGACGGCACAACGGCGGACACGCGCGUCGCCCCGACGAUCCUGGACGGGGUGAACGAGACGAUGACGGUGUGGAACGAGGAGCUGUUUGCGCCGCUGGCCGCGUGCAUGACGGCGGGCGACGACGACGAGGCCGUGGCGCUGGCCAACCGCGGCGGCUACGGGCUGUCGGCGGCCGUCUUUACCGAGGACCUGCGUCGGGGCUUUGCGCUGGCGAGGAGGAUCGAGUCGGGGGCGGUGCACAUCAACAGUAUGACGGUUCAUGACGAGCCUGUCCUCCCGCACGGGGGGGUCAGGAAUAGCGGCUGGGGAAGGUUCAACGCCGACAUGGGACUGGAAGAGUUCCUGGUUACUAAGACGAUCACUUGGAAGGAUUGA